UAUGUCGACGACAGCUGUCCCCCACCGCGAACAAACGCAUUAGUGCGAGGAUACGCGAAGGGUGCGUGAACGAGUGACAAACGAUUAUUAUGCGUGUGAGCUGUGCUUUUCGCGGACUCUGUGCUUUCCGCACGAGGAUACGCUAAUUAAGGGAGUGUUUAGAAAGAAAGAGAGAGAAAAAAUGUGGAAGCGAGGGGACGUCGUAAGCAGCUCUGUUAAUUGCGAAGCGGAGCUCCAAUGCAUCAUCGUAGCGACCGAUUCGCGAGAUCGUCGGACGUAAAAUCGAUUAUUAGGUUAUUAUUAUUGCUUGAGCUGCUGAUUUAACAACGAUUAUUUAAGAUACCGAGGGGAUUUAUCGGACGGGGGAAGAAGCGCGAUGCUCUCCCGCAAAAACAAAGACUUGCGGACGAUCAAAGAGGGUGUCGUGGGAAAGUAUGUUAAGAAGGACACACCACCGGAGAUGCCUAUUAUCAAUGUUUGGACUACGGAACCGAAUAUAAGGAGACGCAGGCUAAAUCAGCCAGCAAUUGCUGCGUCGAUACCCAUAAGUUCCCAACAGCCGACAAUGGUACAGAAAUUUGGCAAUACAAAAUCUACGUUGAGUGCCGUUGGUUUAGGAAGUCACGAAGGGAAGUAUACACCUAAUAGCUCGGUUCCCGAUUUGGCCCAAAGAUUUGCCAGUUUAUCUAUGAAUUCCGGUUCGAGCGAUGGGAUGCCAUCGCGCACUGCAACGCCACUUUAUCAGCCCAGUUUGUCACCUGCUUUGUCUCACACAUACGUUAAUCAGUACGCCGGUUCGGAGUACCAUUUGGAUAGAGAUCAGCAAACGCCACAGUUACCCUACUCUUACGAAAUUGAUAAUGGAUAUGAUGAUUAUAAUCCUCAAACUCAGUACAGACAAAAUACUGGCUAUAGUCACACAAUAUCGGAGAGACCAAGCUCAAGGAACGAGCAGUCCGAAGAAUUACCUUUGCCGCUUGGCUGGUCCGUCUAUUUUACACUUCGAGGUAGAAAAUAUUACGUAGAUCAUAAUACCAGAACCACGCAUUGGUCGCAUCCUUUAGAGAAAGAGGGAUUACCGACUGGAUGGGAAAGGAUAGACUCGCAAGAAUAUGGAGUAUAUUAUGUCAACCAUAUAACGAGACAAGCGCAAUAUCAGCAUCCCUGUUAUCCAUCAGAAAUACAAGCUGUGAGAGUCGUACCACCACCGCAGCACACAAACUUUCAUUCGCGCAGUGUCUUAGUACCAGCAAAUCCAUACAUUAACGAAGAAAUUCCUCAUUGGUUAUACGUAUACAGUAGAGCUUCGGUUGAUUUAGAUCGUAAAUUAAGAUGGGAAUUAUUUCGUUUACCAGAACUCGAUUGUUUCAAUGCAAUGUUAAUAAGACUGUUUACGCAAGAAGUACGAGAGAUUGUUAUGCGAUAUGAAAAGUAUAGAAAUGCUCUUCGAUAUGAAAUAGAACAAAGAUCAAAGGAAAUAAAUGACGAAUCUAGUGGUGCCAAUAUAAGAACAAUUGGCACUGAAAUGUUUUAAAUUUUAUUGAUU